GGGGGAGGGGAGGCACGCAGCGCGCGUUCCGUGUCGCCCAUUGUUGUCCUCGUCGCGCGUAAUGGCCACCGUGAGCAUUCGUUAACGCAUCGCACGGUACGGUACGUCGCAUCCUGGCCUAGCUUGUGUCACGAACAACGCCGCAAGUUUCAUCCAGCCGCGUAACAUCGCGUUCGACGGUUUUUACGCGAUCGCCGCCGCCGCCGAACGAGGCGCGGACGGAGUGCGAGCAAGCGAGCGAGCGAACGAGGAAGCGGGAUAGAGCGGGUGAAAGGGAGCGACAGAGAGGAAACGACGUACGCAACGAGGAAAGGAGCGGCGGCGGUCGCGCGUUUCGUACCCACAGUCGCCGCAACCGCCACCGCGCCGCUCUACGCAGCCGACCAUGAUUUGCGCGGGCCGACGUUGACAAGCGUGUGACUCCGAAGGGUCAAAGGCAAUACAUCAAUGGCCCUAGAAUCAAAUGGCAACAACGUGGUGUGGUUGAACGCAACCCGUCCUGAUCAAAUACAGCAGAGUCAAUCGAUUGAGCAGCCGUUGAAGUGUUCCAUGUUUACUCAAACGGAACAGACUAACAGUUUUACUCAGACGGACCAGAGCAAUUCGAGUUACGGAGAUCAGAGACAGCAACAAACAGCCAUGUUUGACCCACAGCAAAUUCAGCAGCAACAAGCUGCUGCGCAGGGUCAACAGUCGCAACAGCAACAGACCCAGCAGAUGUAUGUCACGUCAGACAAAAAGGAGGACAAGUCUCAGCAGCAGCAACAGACCACGACUGCCGAGUUUCCUCCUUCUUUCUACUACAAUGUCAACAUGCUGCAGAAGGUUCAAACAAACGCGGUGAGCACAAUCAGUGCAAUCACCGACGACAAGGGUUGUUACCGUUUCGAUGUUCAACCUGUCGGUUAUAAUACAUUACUAAACCAGAUGAGCAUUGCUGCUGCUGCCACCAAUGCGACCUUCAAGUGUGACAUUUGUGGAUUGGUCUUCGGCCAUGUGAGCUUGCUACAGCAUCACAAACGGAUUCAUUCCACAACACCCAGCAAUCUGCAGCAACAGCCACAACAGAUCGUCGUACAAACACCAACAACAGUGACUGUCGCCACAACGCCGGAACGACCGUAUACCUGUGACGUUUGUGGAGCGUGUUUUGCAUUACCGGGGGAGUUAAAAAGUCACAAAACAAACAUGCAUCAGAAACCUAAGGUGCAAAUUUGUGAGGAUUGUGGCAGUGAGGAUCCAUGCGAACAUCAUCCGACUAAAGUUAAAAAGACUAUCAAACCUGGUCAUCAUCCUGUAAAACGAAGGGGAGUCACCAGUGUUACUAAGUGUCACAAAUGUAAUGGCACAGGGAUUAUUUUUAUUGGUAAACACGACGAAAAACUAGAUUCCGGAAUCAGUUCCCUCGCAAAGUGUGGCGGCUGCAAGGCUACAGGCCGCAUCGUCAUAGGAAGUGGCAAACAAAACAGUCAAAAUCAAGCGGAAAAACCAUUUCAUUGUAACGUUUGUGAUGGUACAUUUUCUCGAUAUUCUUCGCUCUGGUCCCAUAAAAGACUCCAUUCGGGAGAUAAACCAUUUAAAUGUGAUGUCUGUGGUUUAGCCUUUGCAAAGGCUGCCUAUCUGAAGAAUCAUGGAAGAGUUCAUACCGGUGAAAAGCCAUUCAAGUGCAACGUUUGUGGCAUGCAAUUUUCGCAAAGCCCGCACUUGAAGAAUCAUGAACGAAUUCAUUCCGGUGAGCGACCCUAUCAGUGUGAGGUUUGCGAAAAAACGUUUGCCAGACACUCGACGCUCUGGAAUCACAGAAGAAUUCACACCGGUGAGAAACCGUAUAGGUGUAACAUCUGUGGUUCCGCUUUCAAUCAAGCCACGCAUCUCAAGAACCAUGCGAAAGUUCACACUGGUGAAAAGCCACAUAGGUGCGAUAUAUGCGAGAUCGGCUUUUCCGAUCGUUUCGCGCUAAAACGUCACCGUGCGAUCCAUGAGAAAUAUGGCCAAACGGCGCGGAAUCAGAACACGAACAAUGCAACUAACGCACAGCAAGCUAACGCGAGUAGUCAGCAGCAACAAUCGCAGCAGCAGCAGCCGCCGCAGCAGGCACAGCAAGGUCAGGUCGUGGUCGUGAAUGCGACCACUCCCGUCACCGUCAGCCAAGGGCAAGGCCAAGUUAUACUCGACGAGGUCUACAAGUGUCAGGUGGCCUUCCCAGAGCCUAAAUGAUUCAGCUAGAGAAUACCUUUCAGAAGCUGGUAAAGAGGUUAACUUUUUUAACCUUCCUUUUUUAAUAUUAAUCUCGAGAAAAACGAAAUUCAUGGAUAUGAUCUAAAGAAUGUAGAUUUUACUCUAAAAGAGCCAAGUGAAUCCUGCAUGAGUGACUGAACAGCGCAUCUCUUUCUUUUAUGUGUGUGUAUGUGUGCGGCCACUUGAAUCCUGUGGAAGAUUAUGAUGACUGUCGAUAGUUUGAAUUUAGAUAUGGUUAAAAAUUUAAAAAAAAACGAAAAACAUGGACGAAAAGACUCUGCAAAGUUACGCGAGUGAGAAAUUUCGUGGAAUAUAUCUUCAGAAGUUCAAUUCAUAAGAUAUAAUUGGACGAUUUUUAACCGCCAAAAUCAACGAAGUCUCUUUGCGAAAUAAUAGAGAAAUAUGUCUACCUUUAUAUUUUGCCAUUCGGAAAAGUGAAAGAACAAUUGAACGUAUUGCAGUUUCAUAUAUAUUAGUUUUCUAAAAUAACACGAAAAUUAUAAUUGUAAUCCUAUCAUUCUUUAUUACAUAUGUGUAAUAAUCGUUAAUUUGUCCACGAGAACAAAAUUGCUAAGCGUCUUGCCAAUAUUUCAUGAUUUCAUGAAUGGCAUUGUGCAAUAGUUCCGACAAAUUUUGCGAUUAGCCCGACGACGAAGUGUACUUUCGAAUGAUUGUAGCAACGGAGGAUUGCGACAGCGUGUACUUUGAUGUUGAAAAGCAAGUAUAAGGUGAUGAGUAUUUUUCUUUUUUCUUUUGAUAGCUCGUUUAAAAUAUAUAUUGAGAAACGCUCAAACCUCGGCCCUACUGAUUUAUCUCGUUAUCAGCAUGAGGAUCGUUUAACAUUUAAUGUUUGUGGAAACAACGAUCUAAAAUAUUUUAUUUAAUUUCGACUGCAUGAAUUAUUUAUCUGACAAAUCACGAACGUAUGAACAUUAGGCGGCAAGCAGAGAAUUUUGUAUGACGCGCAAAAAGUUUUGUACUUGCGAAUAGCGUGGAACGGAACGACAUCGCGAUUUGUGCGAGCCCUCUUCCGUCCAGUCAUUCGAGAUCAGAAAGCAUCGCAUCACUAGGACGAUGACAACGAUCAUGAUGAAAAAGCGGCGAAAGAGUAGUGCGGCAUACCUAUAUAACUCGUUGGGGCUGCAAUAAUAAUAGUAAAUAUCGACGGGCAAACCGUUUUAUAAUUUUAAGAGGCCGCGAACUAUAUGAAUAUAUUAUAAUAAUAAAUAGUUGAUAGUUUGUAAUGAUAAAUAGCCGAGCUAGAUUAUACAUACAUAUAAAUAUAUUAUAUAUAUAUAUACAUUAAUUUUUAUAUCCCCACUUGUUAAAGCGAUCCCGCACCGUCGCUACUUUUAAGUAUCAAGGAUCACCAAACGAAUAGAUUGUACAUUGAUAGCUCCAUACAUUCAUGAGAGAUUGGUGACUUGUGUGCUAUACAGUAUCUCACUUUCAAAGUUAUUAUUUGGAUACCCUCUUGAAAUUACUUUCAUAAUUUAUAACACGAACAUUUUCUUUAACAUAUUAUUUAAUUAUUUUUGCAUUUUUAUUCACGAACUCUGAGUUGUUAUCAGAUAAGGCACUCUCUCUCUUUUGUAUAAUUUUGAAAGAUUUUGUAAUAUCAAUUGCAAAAAAGAUAGACACGAAUGACUUGAGGGUGUCCUAAAUAAUUCUUUUUAUACGAAAUUAAUAUCAUGUUCACGGAGAGUAUUAUGAGACGAUCAGUUUACAUGAUUGUCGAUAAAUUCAACUUUAACAUGGAAUUCGGAAUUGGGGAUAUUUCUUUGUUUUACUAAUUAACUUGUAAAAUAAAGGUACGCAAUUACAUGAUUUUACUUUUAUAUAAUAGUAAUACCUGUUACAGUAUUUUCGAUUAGACUAGAAACUGUAUGCUGGAUUUCCUAUUUUCGUUUUUGGUUUUUCGGGAUUAGAAUAGAGUUAUCUAAGCUGUGACUCACGAGCAAUUAAUUUUAUAGCUCAUUUAUCACUACUCUAUGUUGUGCGUUUAUACUUUUUGUAAAGUUUAUUAAGAAUGACAGAUAGUUUUAUUACAUAAACAAGCUGAAAUAAACUUGAAUAAACAUAGUCAAAGAUGGAGAAACUUGUAGUGAUAUAUGCGCUCAAAAUCGAAUUAUCGAGAAUCACAGAUUAGAUAUAUCCAAGUUAAAAUAUGAAUCAUAGUCAGCACAUAAAGCAGCAUCGUAAGUUUUACCAUGGAACGGCAUAUUUUGUUCUUUCUUUCUAUGUUGCAAAACAAGAAAAAAAAGAUUAUCUGUUUCAAAAUCGAUGCAUUAAUUCUCUAUUCUGAUUAUGAUCACAUGUAAAAAAGAAUAAAGA